GUGACCCGCCAAUUUCAACAUAAACCCUAGUUUUCGCUCUCUCUCUCAUCGCUCUGCUACAACUGUUUGCAACAAUGUCAUCGACCUUAGAAAUCGAAGCUCGAGAUGUCAUUAAGAUCGUGCUUCAGUUUUGUAAAGAAAAUUCCUUGCACCAAACGUUUCAGACAUUACAAAGUGAGUGUCAGGUAUCUUUGAAUACGGUCGACAGCCUCGAGACAUUUAUUGCUGAUAUUAAUAGUGGAAGGUGGGAUGCAAUAUUGCCUCAAGUAGCACAACUUAAGCUUCCCAGGAAGAAACUGGAGGAUUUGUAUGAGCAGAUUGUUUUAGAAAUGAUUGAACUGCGAGAAUUGGAUACUGCACGUGCUAUUUUAAGACAAACUCAGGCAAUGGGUGUCAUGAAACAAGAGCAGCCUGAAAGAUAUUUGCGUCUUGAGCAUCUUCUUGUUCGAACUUAUUUUGAUCCACAUGAGGCUUAUCAAGAUUCAACAAAAGAGAAACGUCGUGCUCAAAUUGCCCAAGCCCUUGCUGCUGAAGUUUCUGUAGUUCCUCCAUCACGAUUAAUGGCUCUCAUUGGUCAGGCUCUGAAGUGGCAGCAACAUCAAGGGUUACUUCCACCAGGAACACAGUUUGACUUGUUCCGAGGAACAGCUGCUAUGAAACAAGAUGUAGAUGAUAUGUAUCCAACAACUCUCGGGCACACCAUCAAGUUUGGAACAAAAAGUCAUGCAGAAUAUGCUCGGUUUUCUCCAGAUGGGCAGUUUCUUGUGUCUUGCUCCGUGGAUGGAUUUAUUGAGGUUUGGGACCAUAUAAGUGGGAAACUUAAGAAGGAUCUUCAGUAUCAGGCUGAUGAAACCUUUAUGAUGCAUGAUGAUGCUGUCCUUUGUGUUGAUUUUAGCAGAGAUUCGGAGAUGCUUGCAUCUGGAUCACAAGAUGGAAAAAUCAAAGUGUGGCGUAUAAGGACUGGUCAAUGCUUACGCCGACUUGAACGUGCACAUUCCCAAGGUGUUACAAGUCUUGUUUUCUCUCGAGAUGGAAGUCAGAUACUAAGUGCAUCCUUUGACAGCACUGCAAGAAUCCAUGGACUGAAGUCUGGGAAACUGUUAAAGGAAUUCCGUGGCCAUUCAUCUUAUGUGAAUGAUGCUAUAUUUACAAACGACGGAGGUCGUGUUGUUACUGCCUCCAGUGAUUGCACAGUAAAGGUCUGGGAUGUGAAGACAACCGACUGUUUGCAGACAUUUAAGCCACCACCUCCUUUAAGGGGUGGUGACGCAUCUGUAAAUGGCGUUCAUCUUUUCCCCAAAAAUACAGACCAUAUUAUUGUGUGUAACAGGACAUCAUCAAUAUACCUUAUGACACUUCAAGGACAGGUUGUGAAGAGCUUCUCUUCUGGUAAAAGAGAAGGUGGAGAUUUUGUUGCAGCCUGUGUCUCACCCAAAGGAGAAUGGAUUUAUUGUGUUGGUGAAGACAGGAAUAUCUACUGCUUCAGCUACCAAUCGGGUAAAUUAGAGCAUCUAAUGAAGGUGCAUGAAAAGGAUGUAAUCGGCGUAACCCAUCAUCCCCACAGGAAUCUGGUUGCUACAUAUAGUGAAGACAGCACCAUGAAAUUAUGGAAACCUUGAACCCCUUUUUCCCAUUCUCUUUAUAUGUAAAACAACUCUGAGCUUUCCGAAAACCUUCGUUGUACUUUGAUUUUAAUUCUUUUUUGGUAGUUAUUGUUUAUUUAAAGCAAGAUUCAUCUGUAAAUGGGUCACAAGGAAUGCUAGUGGGUAAGUUGAAAUGUUAUCGGAAAUUAGAAAUUUACUUGCCCCUAUUAUUCUGUAAUUUUAGAUGAAGCAUGAAGAAUGGGUUUGGGAGUAGUCUUGUAAGGUUA